AUGGCCCGAAUCUGGCGCCGCGGCGCGGGCCGCUGGGCGCGUCACAAUGGAGCUGGGGAGAUACCUGAAGUGCAUUGGAUUGCCGGCGCAGAUGACCUGCAGGCAGUGAUCUACCGCCACAGAGAUCGCAGGAAUCAUCCCGAGUACGAACGUCAAGUCCGCGCCAUUGCUGCUAAUGUGCUGCAAACAGAGGUGCCACUCUCGCUGCGGAAGCUGCAGUGCCCCGUGCGGGUGCACUACAGCUGGGACUGCUUGCGGCGAUUGCUACAGGCAAAAGCCGCGGGCCGCCGCAUCGAGGUGGACUCCGUGCUGCUCUGCGAGCCCAGCAACGAGGAGCUGCGCCUGGCGGCCUCCGCCUCCUCGCGCGUCCUCCAGGCCGAUCGCAAGUUGAUCGAGGCCGAGUUCGCCUUCGAGGGCACCACACAGAAGCGAUCUGUGAACUAUGUCGUGGCAUAUCCAGUGCCGCAGCCGCUGGCUUUGGCCAGGCCGCCGGUGUUGGUGUUGGAUGGGCUCGGGGCGCAGCAGAACAUUGGCCAGGUGCUGCGUACUGCCUACCAUUUGGGCGUGACCAGCGUUCUGGUGUCGAGCCCUUGCAUGCAUUUGGGCGACUCCAGCAAUUGGUGGUCAUUUGCCAUGAUGUGA